AUGGCGGAAGUCGGCAAGGAUGCCAAGUACUUCCAGAGGGGCAAGCUCCAGGAGCUGCGGGCGGACCUCUCGACCGACAAGAAGGACAAGGGGUGGGUGCGCAAGAAGACGACGCUCAAAAAGAUCAUCGCCAACGCCACCAUGGGCAACGACAUGAGCGGGCUCUUCAUGGACGUGGUGGCGUGCAUGAACAUCCAGGUGCUCGAGAUCAAAAAGAUGGUCUACCUCUACCUCGUCAACUACGGGCGCGUCAAGCCGGACCUGGUCAUCAACGCCGUGCCCGGUUUCCUCUCGGACUGCAACGACCGCAACCCGCUGAUCCGCGCCCUCGCCAUCCGCACCAUGUCCUACAUCCACGUCCCCGCCGUCACGGGCGCCCUCAUCGACCCGUUGCGCCACUCGCUCAAGGACAGCGACCCGUACGUCCGCAAGACGGCCGCCAUCUGCGUGGCCAAGCUCUACAUGCACGACCGCAAGCUGGUCGACAAGCAGGGCUUCAUCGGCAUGCUGCGCGACCUCCUCGCCGACUCGAACCCCACCGUCGUGGCCAACGCCGUCGCCGCCCUCACCGAGAUCUCGGAGCGCAGCGACAACAUCCAGCUCAAGCUCAACCUCACCAUCGCCAGCAAGCUCGUCAGCGCCCUCAACGAGUGCUCCGAGUGGGGGCAAACCUACAUCCUCGAGUCGCUCAUGUUCUUUGUGCCCAGCGACUUUGCCGACGCCGAGAUCCUGGCCGAGCGCAUCGCCGUCCGCCUGCAGCACGCCAACUCGGCCGUCGUCCUCACCUCGACCAAGGUCAUUCUCUACCUCAUGAACUACAUCGCCAGCGCCGAGUUCAAGGAGAGCCUGUGCAGGAAGCUGAGCCCGCCGCUCGUCACGCUACUGUCGUCCGGGCCCGAGGUCCAGUACGUGGCGCUGCGCAACAUCCUCCUCGUCAUCCAGCGCAGGCCGAUUGUGCUGCAGAACGAGGUCAAGGUCUUCUUCUGCAAGUACAACGAUCCGAUCUACGUCAAGAUGGCCAAGCUCGAGAUCAUCUACCGGCUGGCGAGCGAGCGCAACGUCGAGCAGGUGCUGGCCGAGCUGGCCGAGUACGCGUCCGAGGUCGAUGUCGACUUCUCGCGCAAGGCGGUCCGCUCCAUCGGCCGGCUGGCCAUCAAGAUUGAGUCUUCGGCCGACCGGUGCAUCCAUGUGCUGCUCAAGCUGAUCCAGACCAAGGUCAACUACGUCGUCCAGGAGGCCAUCGUCGUCAUCAAGGACAUCUUCCGCAAGUACCCCAACCGCUACGAGAACAUCAUCGCCACGCUGUGCGAGAACCUCGACUCGCUCGACGAGCCCGAGGCCAAGGCGGCCAUGAUCUGGAUCGUCGGCCAGUACGCCGACCGCAUCGAAAACAGCGACGAGCUGCUCGAAGACUUCCUCUACUCGUUCCUCGAGGAGCCGGUCGCCGUCCAGCUGGCGCUCCUUACCGCCACCGUCAAGCUCUUUCUCAAGCGGCCGACGGCGGGCGGCGAGCUGGUGCCCAAGGUGCUCAAGUGGGCCACCGAGGACGUCGAGAACCCAGACUGCCGCGACCGCGGCUUCAUGUACUGGCGGCUCCUCUCGACCGACCCGGAGGCGGCGCGCGAGAUCGUGCUGGCCAACAAGCCGUCGAUCAGCACCGAGACGGACCGCAUGGACCGCCAGCUUCUUGACCAGCUGCUCCUCCACGGCUCCAGCCUGGCCAGCAUCUUCCACCGGCAGCCGCAGACUUUCAUCCGCAACGCCAAGGCCAGGUACAUGCCCGACUCGCCUGCGCUCGACGAGGCGGCGCGCCGCUACGCCAGCACGCAUCUCUACACCAAGCCAAUAGCGCGAGGACCGGUGGUGGCCCCGUCUCCGCGGCCGCCCUCGCCCUCGCCCGGCUACGAGGCUUCUGCCGCCGACGACAAGGGCGCUUCGGCAGCGUCGCGGGCCGAAGACGCGGGCGAUGAGGCGGCAUCAGAUGGCGCGUCCGCGGUCAAGGAUGCGGCUUCGGGCGUUGCCGCACGGCCGGCAGAGGACCAGAGCGAGCGGGCAGGUGACGGCGAUCCGUACGCCAUGCUGGGCGACGACUUUGGCGGCGCGGCGGGAGGGUACACGGCGGACAACCCCAAGCCGCGGGGCGACAUCGACGACCUCCUCCUCUAA